AUGACAAAAAAGAUGAUAGACUUAGAAAGUCUGCCGUAUUAUGACCCAUUGACUAAUAAGAAAGUUGCUGUAAUUACAGGAGGUAAUAGUGGCAUUGGUUGGUAUACAGUAUUACAUCUGUAUAUGCAUGGUGUUAUAAUAUAUAUAUGUGGACGGAAUUCCCAUAAGGUAAAUAGAGCCAUGAAAGAUAUUCAAAAUGAAGCGUUUAGAAGACGAUCGCUUGAGAAACAUGAUUUUAAAGAAGAACGUUCAUUUGGUGCAAUGAUAUAUAUUCAUAUGGACUUAACUGAUUUGAAAACUGUGGAAAGAGGGUGUUUGAAGAUUAUUGGUUUAGAACGCCAAAUUGAUAUUUUAAUUAAUAAUGCAGCCGUUUUGGCGUUACCAUAUGAAUUGACCAAGGAUGGAUUUGAAAUACAAUUACAAACGAAUUAUAUAGCACAUUUCCUAUUAAGUUUAAGAUUAUUACCCUUAUUGAAAAAGGGACAUGGCAGAAUCAUUACGCUUUCAUCCGUGGGCCAUUUAUUAGAAUUUAAAUAUUGGAAAUUGGAUAUUAAAUGGGAUUAUAAACCAAAUAUGAUAUUCACAUGGAUACGAUAUGCAGUUGCUAAAACUGCAUCGAUUCAAUAUACGAAAAUGUUAUCUAUCAAACAUCCUGAUGUAUUAUGUUUGUCAUUACAUCCAGGUUUAGUAAUGAAUACCAAUUUAUUUAGUUAUUGGACAAGGUUACCGUUAGUAGGUAUAUUUUUCUGGGUUUUAUUCCAAAUCAUUGGGUAUUUCUUUGGUGUUUCGAAUGAAGAGGGAUCAAUAGCAACAGUACGUUGUGCAUUAUCGGCAGAUUUGACAGUGGAAAAGGAUAAUGGUAAAUAUUUUACCACAGGUGGAGUGGAAUCUACAAGUAGUCGUGUGGCUAAUAAUCUUGAUAAUGCAGCGUCUACGUGGAUAUGGACAGUUCGUGCAUUAAAAGAGCGAGGAUUUGAUGUCAAAUGA